AUGGGAGUGGCAGUAUGGGUGUUGCCUCCUGGAUGGAAGUGGCAGUGUAGGGUUGCCUCCUGGAUGGGAGUGGUAGUGUGGGUGUUGCCUACUGGAUGGCAAUGGUGGUGUGGGUGUUGCCUACUGGAUGGGAGUGGUGAAGAUAGUAUGCGAAAAAUGCGAGAUUUACAAGAUGAACUGGAGCGUCUCCGGAGAGAGAUGAACAAGAAACCAGAAGCACCGCAAGUUGAAAUGGCACCAAUGUUUCCAAUGCCUUAUGCUGGGUAUGGGCAGCGACCUCCUAGUCCUCCUCCUCAACCUUAUCCCCCUCCCCAAAUGCCUGUUGCAUAUCCCCCACCACUGUCACCAAGGCAACCAGGUGCUGGGUUUUUAGUUUUCUUUGAUUUCAUCAUUGGAUUGGAUCCAAGCUCUAAGAUUUUAAGAUUGAUUACAGCUCAGUGGGAGAAGGAGAAUGAGCUUGGUGAUCCAACUACAUUUCCAGUCACCUACUGUAAUCCUGCACAGCAACAGCCUGGAGGAUACGGUGGAUUUGGUGGUGCUACCAUAGCAACCAGGCAGCAAGUACCAAAUGCCAAACCAGAGCCAACUACAGCAGUUGUGUGUGAAGUACAGUUAUCAAGCCAACCUCAUGACAGUAAAAGUCUGGUGUCUAGGGCUUGGGCAAAGCUUCCGUUGUUUGAUGAACAAGUGCGUUUACUAACAGGUAGAUGGAAAGCACCGCUACGCAUAACACCAGUACGUCCAGAAAUAUCAUUUAAUGAACUCGCAACCAUUCCACAGCUUGGAGGAGCUGAGCUUUAUUACAGGGUAGUAGACUGGAGAGAUGCACCAAGAGAAGGAGGACUUCCUGUCAGUAUGGGAUAUGCACAACAUUACACAUUUGCACCACAGCCAGGGACAAGCUAUGGAGGUGGACCUUAUGGAGGAGCUUACCAAGGAGGUGGUGGUGUAUAUGCAGGUGGGGGAGGGGGAGGAAGUCGAGGAGGAGGACCAUAUGGAGGCAGUGCCCAGCCUUAUGCAUCUCCUUAUGCAGGGGGAGGGGGAGUCUAUGGUGGAGGAGGAGGUGUACCCCCACCACCUCCCUCACCACCCCCAAGAGAAGAGUUAUUGCUGCCAAUAAAAAGUACAAAAAGGUACCACACUCCACUGAGAUCAAAACAAAUCUCAUCUAGAGUGCAUCCUGCAGAACCCAUCAUUGCUCUACCUCCUAAGCCUGUACCAGUCGAUGUUGGAACUAUUCUUGGAUUGCAAGUAGAUAGAGUGCGCAAUGCACUGGAUGGUGAAGGUAAGGUGCGUUUAACAGUCUAUCAUCAAUACACUGGUCAGCCAGCUAACUCUGGGGACACACCCAUCACAUGUACAACUACACCGGUACAGAGUAAUUUCAAAUAUGGAUAUCAUGUCUUUGGACAACAAGAGGCAAUCUUCACAGAUGUCAGUUUCCAGAGUGAUAUGAUUUUAGUGGCAAGAUUCUAUUUACGCAAGCGUAUGAAAACUGAUAUAUGACAGAUGAUUUGGCAUUGCAGUACACUACUAGAUGAGAGAACUGAUUGCAUGGACUGUCAUGCCAUUAGUACAGUUAUGGU